CUCCUCUUCGCUGAGUAUAGCAGUCAGACCUGAGCUUUUGCAUUAAACAAAGAGGAAACCCCAAAGCACACAGACUCGGUUCCCUGUAGCUUUUUCCCCGCCGGGGUUUUGUGCAAAUAUGGUGAAGCUGUCUUUUAACUCGGCUCUAGCCCAGAAAGACGCCAAGAAGGAAGAAGAGAACAGCGAAGUGCUUAUAAUUCCUGAGACCAAGGAGCAAGAAGAUGUUGUGCCACUUGGACAAAGACGUGCUUGGUGCUGGUGUAUGUGCUUUGGUUUAGCUUUUAUGCUUGCAGGAAUAGUCCUUGGCGGUGCUUACCUUUACAAAUAUUUUGCUCUUCAGCGUGGUGUUUACUUCUGCGGAAUAAGAUAUGUUGAGGAUGAAUACUCAGUAAGUGAGCCUUUUGAAGAGAACCCUGUUGCUUACCACUCAUUUCAAGAGCGAAUCCAGAUUCUGGAAGAUGAUAAUGUUGCGCUUAUCAAUGUACCUGUUCCUGAAUUUGCCGACAGUGACCCUGCUGACAUUGUUCAUGACUUUCACAGGAAAUUGACUGCCUACCUUGAUCUGAGUUUGAAUAAAUGCUACGUCAUUCCUCUGAAUACUUCCAUUGUUAUGCCACCCAAGAAUUUCUUGGAAUUGCUCAUCAACAUUAAGGCUGGAACAUACCUUCCUCAGUCUUACUUGAUUCAUGAACAAAUGGUAGUUACUGAUCGCAUUGAGAAUGUUGAUCAGUUGGGAUUCUUUAUCUAUCGCCUGUGUCAUGACAAGGAGACCUACAAACUCCAGCAUAAACCAACCACUAGAGGAAUUCAGAAACGUGAAGCUGAAAACUGCCGCACGAUUCUUCACUUCGAGAAUAAGUUUGCUAUGAAGACUACUAUUUGCGAGCAAUAAAAGGAUAAACAAUCAAAAACGUGAACAUGUCUUCUACCAUUUUAACAGUAUAGCCCCUACCCUUUUGUUGUGUGCAGUAAUUUUUUUUAAGGAAGGGUUUUGUUAUUAGUAGCCAGGCCUUAGCAUCCAUUUUGAAACUUUUAUCUUAUACAAUACCAACAAUAGUUUCUUAAGCAUUUCUUCUCCUCUCCAUUGUUUCAGUUGUUAAGUGUGGUAUUUUAUUUUUUAAUAUAUAAGUGAGUAAAUAAUGGAUGGAUGAGAUUUUCCAGUGAGAUGGGCUUCUAAGCUUUCUAACUAGUGUAAUCCCUAUGAGGGAUGCUAAUGUUUAAGGUCACAUUGAACUCACUGCAUUUUGUUUUAUAAAAUCUAGUUAUUCCAUAACACUGCUUACACCAGCUAUAGCAAACUAUAUGCAUUCCUUUGUCUGAAAGCCUGUUUAAUAUUUGCAUGUUCAGUCACCUUAAAGACCUACAUUUAAUGUUUUUUUUUUUUUUUAAACUAGAAACAUAUAAAAACAUGUUUCCGUAGAGCUCAGGGCUAAAAUAAAAGGCAAGACAACUAGAAUGGUAUUGAACACAUAAGUAGAAAUAAAGUUAAAUAGAUCUACUAUGAAACAUAGAUAAACUAUUAAAAACUUUGUUGUAGAAUUGAGAUUUUUUUUUUUUUUUGUAUGAGGAUGCAAGUGCUUUAUAAAAGGCAUUGUUUACUUUGUCAUUUUAUAAACUGUAGAGGAGACUCGCACAAAAGAGCAAUAGCUAUAAUCCUAUCAUUUUGAUUUGGGCGGGAUCACAAUUAUCACAUUUCUGCAGGUCAGAAGCCACAAAAGUAAAAUACCCAUUUUGUGGUAAAUUGUAAAAAGAACAUUGGCACAAACCUGCAAGAAAUCUGCUAGAUCAGAAUAAUAAUAACAAAUUGGGUAUUGUUUGACUUUUUGAUCCCAUUCAAGUUUUUAACUACAAAUAAUUACAGUUGCUUAACUAACUAUUAAUAAUUAGCAUGCUUAAUAUUAAAAGCCCUCUAUGACUUUAGCUUUGUCAUGGGUUGUAAAUGUGUUCAGAGUUCACAAGCCGAAGUCUGAGACACUACACAAAGACCACACAUUAUCUGGCAGCAGGUAUUGGCAGCAAUAAUUGUUUUGCCUGUAUGCAUUGCAGUGGAUUACAGCUAAAUUACAGCCAUGUAGUUUAAAAACACCAUGUUUUUUUUUGUUUUGUUUUUUUUUAAAUCCCUUACAUACAUGAACAAAUUGAGGCAUAAAUUAGCUUUUUCCCUCCUGAAAGAACCUGCUAGUGUUGGCUAGUGACCUGCGUUCCAGCUCUGCUGAAUGGUAAUCGUUUUAAAGUCAAAACUACUAAAAAGAAGUGCAAUUUUUUUUAAGCUUUUCUUACAUCGGCUUUAGAUUCUGACUCACUUUGAUGGUUUGGGAUGUCCUCACCUCUUAAUAUUUAAAGCAAGUGGAAAUAAUAAAUUAGGCAGUAACGUGUGUUACUAAUUUGUAUAUAAUCGUACUUGUAAAGGAAUAAAUCUUACACAAACUGUUUAA